AUGAAUUUGUUAGAUGAUGAUGAUGACCAAAGCUUUCACGCUACGCGUGACGGCUACUCCCAUUUGAGCGAUGUCGAAUGGGAUGCGGUUGAACGGAUGGGUUCAACCAUGGGCAUCCAUGCUGUUAGCGUCAUGCUAGAGGCUCUCAAUAGAGAUGCCCAACAUGCUACUAUCGCCAAGUUCAUUCAAAAUGAACUUGACGCUGAACGCGAGAAAGUAGCCUUGCUUCACCAACAAGGUUCUCAACAAUCAGAGUUGUUGAGAGAACAGGGUGCUCAACAGUUUGAACUGUUGAGACAGCAGCAGGCUGCUGCUGGUGGGUCGAUGCACUCGCGUCGACCCGAAACCUUGAAGAUUGACAUCUCCAAGUAUAGGGGAGUCAAAGAGGACUCCCUCUUGAGAUGGUUCGUCGAAUUUGAUGUCGCCAUAAGGGCGCGUCGCAUCGACGAUGGGGAAAUGCAAGUUGCAUUUGCCCAGUCAAAUCUGGCAGGACGUGCCAAGACUUGGGCUUUGGGACUCAAGUUGCACGACCCAUAUGCGUUUGGGUCGUUGGAAGUCUUCAAGUCGCGGCUCAGACAAACGUUUGAACCGCCUAGAGCUGAGUUCAGAGCUCGAACUGAACUCUUGAAGCUCAAGCAAGGUAAGCGUGAUGUGCACGCUUACGUACAACAUAUACGACAUCUCACGAGUUGUAUAAGUUCCAACCCGGUGGAUGAACACACGUUGGUUUCGGUGUUCAUGCAGGGUCUUGCGGAUGGUCCCGUCAAGACUCACGUGUUCCGGCUUGAACUAGAUUCACUAGAACAAGCCAUUUCCAUUGCGGAGCAGGAAGACUUCAGUCUGAGACAGGCUCGCGCCAGUUCGACAUCAUAUCGUCAACCGAGACGAUAG